CAAAAACAAUCCGCACACACACUGAGGCUGGAUGUAAAAACGAAAGACUGCCACAUCCUCCAAGUAUUCAUUCGUGUCAGUCCCAACCUCAGGUUAAAGAUGGUUUCUCCAGUGACGGUGGUGAAGAGCGAGGGCCCCAAGCUGGUGCCCUUCUUCAAGGCCACCUGCGUGUACUUCGUGCUGUGGCUGCCCUCCUCCAGCCCCUCCUGGUUCAGCGCCCUCAUCAAGUGUCUGCCCAUCUUCUGCCUCUGGGUCUUCCUCCUGGCCCACGGGUUCAGCUUCCUGCGGGCGAACUCCAACGCCCGUAAGAUCCUGGCCGGCCUCAUCUUCUCCUCCCUCGGCGACGCGUUCCUCAUCUGGCAGGAGCAGGGCUACUUCAGCCACGGCCUUCUGAUGUUCGCCAUCACCCACAUCCUCUACUCCGCGGCCUUCGGCAUGCGGCCGCUGAACCCGGCGGCGGGCCUUCUGACCGGUGGCGUGUCGGCCGUGUCCUACGCCCUGUUGUACCCCUACCUGUCCGGGCCCUUCACCUACCUGGUGGCCGUCUACGUCGCCCUCAUCGGCUUCAUGGGCUGGCGGGCCAUCGCGGGCGUGCGGCUCACCGACGACCUGUGGACGUGGACCCGGCUGUCGGCGUGCCUGGGCGCGGUGCUCUUCAUGGCGUCCGACCUCACCAUCGCCGUCAACAAGUUCUGCUUCCCCGUGCCGCACUCGCGCGCCAUCAUCAUGGCCACCUACUACGCCGCGCAGAUGCUGAUCGCCCUGUCCGCCGUGGAGUGCCAGGACGCCGCCAACGCCGCCACAGCCGCACAGGUGGUCCUGGAGAAGAAGAGGAUGUGAAAGGUAUCGUGUAGUUCCCGUGGCAACAAGACGGAGAUGGAUAAAGCCCAGCCCGACCCCCCCCCCCCUCACCGACUCAGCCACCUUUUCAGCCCAGUGUUGGGCGUCAGGCUCGGCACCCUGGCAAAAACCCCCCCGAAUCCCUCGAAGCGUUUUGCCCCUUUGUUUUUUUACCAUGGCAACCGUGUCCAUCACAACAGAGCAGACCUCUUCGCCUAGACAACGGUACUGUCCUCAUGGUCACAAACCUGGUUACCAUGGAGAUACGGUAGCCAUGGUCACCUGCUUUGAACCGGCAGUACACCAGACAUUUGUAUCUGUGUUGCGUCAAAAACAGUCAGUGUGUGUGUGUGUGUGUGUGUGUGUGUGUGUGUGUGUGUGUGUGUGUGUGUGUGUGUGUGUGUGUGUGUGUGUGUGUGUGUGUGUGUGUGUGUGUGUGUGUGUGUGUGUGUGUGUGUUUAUGAGCACAGAGCAUCAGUUUCCCCCUAAUCACCCCCAUUGCGGUUUAGUUAUCUCUUAACGUUACACAGCCAAAUUGUGCAAUCUCACUUUUUGUGCUUCCCCUCCAUGCUCCCACAGUAUUCGCUGUGUCACGCUACACGUCACUCCCUACAUCACCUUAUUAACCAGGUCUCCACACUGGUUGUCUGGCAGUGUUGUCCCUCUUGAGAACUGAACAAGGCUGCUGCUCGAGAGGAACUCCAUCACCACAGCCUGUCUCUGCCAUCGACGAGUCUCUCCGUUCCCCUUGACGACAACCGCAUUGACGCCAUGCUGUUCUCAAGGCCCUGUGUGUAAGGAGGAGGAGGUUGUUGAGGGGAAG